GUGUAUUGCAUUCAUUGACCAUAAUUCAUUAACUUCUUUCCAUCAUCCGCAUUUCCACAAUGAGUGAUCUUGUUGCAUCCUCUUUCCAACGAUCUGUGGCAAGUUCAACUAGCAUGAACAGCUUGAUUUUAGAUGACCACCUGCAUCCUUCACCGGAUAGCUGCCAUGAUAAAGGGCUUGGAGAGACAAUUAUCAAUGUCGACCCGUCUCUAUACUCAUCUCUUCCUAUCAAGUCUUUUGAUAUUAGUCACAACACGCCACUAUUCGAUCUCAGCUUUAUGGAUGAGCUUCCAUGUCUUGAAUUAUCUCCAGCCGUAAAGGGCAUGUUUCCCAUCGACUUCGAGUAUGGGUAUCAGAGUCGUAUCGUACAGACGACUCUCGGUCCCCAGUACAAUAAAGAUACUACUCGAGAUUUACAGCUGAAAAUCGCCCCAGACACAAGUUGUAGGAAAUCCUCCAGGGGCGCUGAUUCUCGCGGUACUUACAAAAGCAACCGUAUUUGUUGUUCGUUCUCAAACUGUUCUUCGACCUUUGCACGUCGAGGAGAUUUGGUCCGCCAUCAAAAAUCUCUUCAUUGCCCCAAGACGCCAUGUAUUUACUCGACAAUGGGCUGUCUAUAUGAAACCGGUCGACUGGAUAAGAUGAAGGAGCAUACAAGGAAGAAACAUCCAACCAUGCCUCAUUUCGAUCGAGCAGAUACAACAAACUAUCAAGAGGCUACGAUCAAAAGGUUUUCGCGCUCCGAGAUUUCUCAUUCACCAGAAAGUGAGGUUGAUUUGGCAUCGGGAACAUAUGAUUUGAGCGCAUUUGUGUAGAAGGAUAUCAACCUUGGUGCCGCAAGUUUGGGGAUGGAGUUUUCUGUCUAAUGUGUACGAGACGCAAGAAUACUCCCGCCUGAUCAACACUGAAAAGUAGUUUACUAAUGGAUUGUCAUGAGAGUCUCAUUUUAACGAUGAAAAAAAAAGCAUGGUUUCAUGGAAGCAAGGUCGUUGUAAAUGUGAACACGUGUAUACUGAGAAUCGUCUUGAAUUGCAUGCGUGGUAUGCAGAUUCCCGAUGUCCGAUGGCGUUGCAUAUUUGGACUUGAAUACGUGAGGAAAAACUAUUGUGAAAUGUUAGUAGAAUCAAUACA